UCCGUGUCCUGCCCUGCCGGGAGGCAGCGGCGCCGCCUCGUCCUUCCCGUCGGGGCUAUGCGAGGGCCGCGCCGCCGCCUGCGCUAGGCCCGGCGCGGCGGCGGGGCCUCCCUCAUGCGGGAGUACAAGGUGGUGGUGCUGGGCUCGGGCGGCGUGGGCAAGUCCGCCCUCACCGUGCAGUUCGUGACGGGCACCUUCAUCGAGAAGUAUGACCCCACCAUCGAGGACUUCUACCGCAAGGAGAUCGAGGUGGACUCGUCGCCCUCGGUGCUCGAGAUCCUGGACACGGCCGGCACGGAGCAAUUCGCCUCCAUGCGCGACCUCUACAUCAAGAACGGCCAGGGCUUCAUCCUGGUCUACAGCCUGGUCAACCAGCAGAGCUUCCAGGACAUCAAGCCAAUGAGGGACCAGAUUGUCCGGGUGAAGAGAUACGAGAAAGUCCCUCUGAUCCUGGUGGGGAAUAAGGUGGAUCUGGAGUCGGAGAGGGAGGUCUUGUCCGCGGAAGGCAGAGCCCUGGCUCAGGAAUGGGGCUGUCCCUUCAUGGAGACAUCGGCCAAGAGCAAAACGAUGGUGGAUGAACUGUUUGCUGAGAUCGUCCGACAAAUGAACUAUGCCUCCCUGCCUGAAAAACAAGAUCAGUGUUGUACAACUUGCAUCGUCCAGUGAGAAAAGUUAAGAAAAACCUCAGUCAUGGCCAUACAGAGCAGAUAAAACUCAGAGGAAACUUGCACAGAUGCUGCUUUGGAGAACUUUCAGCCCAGGUUGCAGAGCUGAGCCUUGGUAAACCUGUCUCUAUUACAGCACAUUGCCAUACAUCUAAGUGCAUAAGGUUGGUGGCCUCCAGGAUCCACACACCUUAACCAGAAUGCUUAGCAUGUUUACCAUAAGUUUAAGAAAUCUGUUCUUUACCUAUCAGUCCUUUUAUAGCUUUCUAAGUUCAUAUAAUGGCUAAUAUGCAAGAGUUCAUUUUUAAUAUUUUAAUUGAUUUCUUUAAUCAAUUUCUGAACUUGUAUUUAUUAAAUACUUAAACUCAGUAUUACCUACUCAAUGCCUUUUAAAAGAGAGUUUUAAUGGAGAAUAAAUUGAGCCUUAAACAAAUGGUUACUUCUGUAUAUUACCUCGCAUCAGUGCUAAUUUCUAUUUGCAAGUUUCUCCUACAACAUAGAUGGUCAUUCUUUGAGACUUUUUGUUUACGUGUGACAGUGUCAUGAAAAGAUACUGAAGGCACCUCCUUUGUAUGGAUGUAGUAUCCCUUUUCUUGGCAAAUGCAGCUGUGAUAGUGUGUAACUGGUCUGAUUUGAUAACUGAGAUUCCUUGGGAUGGGAUGCCAAGUCUCCAGCUGAUUUUCUCUUUUUUUUCCCCUUCUCGCAGUCAUGGAUUUCUUAAACUCAUUUAAUCACAAAUGACAAUUGUAGCAUUGAAACGUGGCAGCCCACCUUUCCUUCUGCUGAGUUUCUGAACUUGUGUGUUUACAAAUAGCUUCUCUCUGCCUUUGAAAAGGGAUAAUGUAUCCUCCCAAGUGGGCUGCCUGCCUGGUCAGAGUUAGCUCAGCUUUGCCUGGCACGUUAAGUGACAUCUAGUGGACCUCUGCACAUAAAAAUCUGAUGCAAAUAAGAUCACUUUACAUUUUAGAGUUCCUAAUAUUUGUCUUUCUGAAUAAUAUUUUAAAGCAAUAUUUGUUAAUUUUUUUCCUUGCACUGUCACAAAUUGCUUUUUAGAUUUUUUUUCCAAUAAACAAGUUUAAUAUUAGAGAUAAGUUGGUGUAAUGAGGGGAAAGCACCAGGUUUCAGUGAUACUAACUGCAAGUGUGCUUUAAACAGCCAUUGCCUUCCAUAUUGUUUACCUGAUCAACAUAUUUUCUCUGAAUACUUGAAAAUUUUAACAAUAACACAGGUAUAAAGAGCUGAAUGAAAAUGUACAAAGAACAGAUGAAAUCUUUUUGUUUAGUUUUAUUAACAUGUUGCAUACAUGAGAGCUUUUUCUAGCAGUGGUUAAAAUGUGUGCUUUUAUUUUGCAGAAGUUUAACUGCAGCUCACCUACUGCACCAAAGUUCUAGGUUUUUUAGGAGCCCAGCUUUAGUCAUUUGAACAUGCUUCUAGAAAUGUACAUUUUUGUUUUCCUUGUAAUAGCUAAAUAACUUUGAGAAAAGCUCUAGUAAAAGCAGUGAUGGAUAUAUGAGGUUAAGCAGUUGAAAACUCACUAAAUGUAUUGUGGAUGAUGGCAUUGAAAACAAUAAAAGAUCACCGGUACAGUA